CAGUACGGAAGGGGGAUGGGGAACAUCGUCUUCUGUGAGACCUCAGGCCCCAUCUGCCAGAACAGCUGGAUGGACACUUCUGGGGAUCUGUGCUGUGAGGCGAUGUAGGGCAAAGCUGAGUAAGUGAGUUGUCUCAGGGCACAACACAGUACUUGGCUGGGAGCCCUUCCAUGAGACGUUCUGACAGUCUACCUGGGAUUGGCAGAGGGGCCUCUAUGCUACACACUGCUGUUUCCCAGGACAUUUUCUCUAAGAUUUCCUAAUUCCAAGAACACGUGAAAUUUUUAACAAUGACAGGCACCAUCUCAUCAGACAGGCCUUUAGCUUGGUCAAGGUCACGUCGUGCGAACAAUAUUGGGGAUGCAGAGGACUCUUUGGCUCUUAUAAUGUCCAUGUCAGAAUUCACUUUUCAAGAUGAGGAUGAAGCUUUUGUGGAAGAGGGCUGUACCAAGAAGAUCAUAAAAAAAUGGCUGCAGGAUUGUCGUUCAUGUUCUGAAGACUCAUGUGAAGAUGUUAAUUCCAAAGUAUCAUAUUGUAAAGGAAACAGCUUGGAUGACGACUUUACUCUUGGAGCUGAAGCAACUUUUUUAUCUAAUCACCAUCGGAACAGGAUAAGUGAGGUGUUGGACUGCCAUCGCACAAAUCUCAAGACCACAAGCCUGGGUAACAGUAUGGCAUCAGACACUACCACUAAAACAAGUUCUAGUAUCUCAGAGGUCCUCACCCUGUGUCAAGCAGAUGCAGAGACCAUCCUUUAUAAUCUGGGAUUUGCCUGUGAAAAAAAUUGUUCUAUGUAUGAAAUACCUUCCAGGUUUUUCCUGAUCCCUUCUAAAGCAGAAGGCAUCAAUCUCUCAAUGUAUUUUAAGUCCCUUUUACAUAGAAUAAAGAGAGGAGACUCCAGCUACAUACCAGCAGAUCAUGGAUUACUAAAUGACAAACUAAAUCCAAUUCAUAAUUCAUACUCUUACAUAAGGACUCCAGAAAAAAAGGAAAGCAACCAAGGACAUUGGACAGAAUUACCUUUACAUGAGUAUAUGUCAAGUAAAAGAAACUUGCUAUCAUCUUUCCUACUGAACUGAGAACAAGAAAGCGUCGGAUACAUGUAUUUUCUGGAGGCCUGAGCACUACAGUAUCACAGAGUGUAGUCAUAGACUGUAAAAGGCAAUUUGGUCUGCUGACUACUGAGAUACACUGCAAACUAGAGACGUUUCUUAUUUAUUUACAAGAAAUAUGUUCUAAAGCCUUCAAAGAAUUAAAAGGUCUGAUGUAAUGAUAGGUGGAGAAAAGACCAGCAGAGACAUGAUCCAUAUAUUUCUUUAUGUGUAAACUAAUAAUUAUGUAUUAUCAGUGGAGUUCAACUUGUAGGGACUCUACAACCCCUACUAUGCCUUGAUAACUGCGCGUGUUUAUAUAAGUGCGUGCGGGGCAUGGCAUGGCACAGCCAGUGGUCAGACCCCAAUAAUCAGAUAUAUACACUAUUACCAGUUCGGUUGAUUAGUGAUUAGUUUUAAUCUUGGGAUAACGCUCUAACAUGGCCAGAAUAAAGGCGUUUUAGAGUCUGAUUUAUUUCACAAAUUAACUAAAAUAAUCACUAUAGUUCUUAGAUUAUGGUCUUUGAUACAUUUCUCUUCUGUGGGAUCUUAGGCCGUAUU